AUGACAUUUACACUCGUUCCCGACCACUCCAUCCGGGUCGCUAUCGACCGUGGAGGAACCUUUACCGAUGUCUAUGCCUCUUGGCCCGACUCAGCCCGGCCUGACGGUCCGCGGAAGGAGACCAUCACCAAGUUGCUGUCGCAAGACCCUUCCAACUACCCCGACGCUCCCACCGAGGGUAUUCGGCGGAUCCUCGAGACUGUCACAGGGAGGACGGUCCCUCGGGGAGAACCUCUACCCGUCGAGAAGAUAGAUACCGUCCGUCUCAGUACCACCGUUGCUACCAAUGCACUACUGGAACGCCGCGGUACCGACCAUGCCCUACUCAUCACCAAGGGCUUCAAAGACCUGCUCGAAAUCGGCAAUCAAGCUCGCCCUCGCAUAUUUGACCUCCACAUCAAAAAACCAUCUACAUUGUAUGGCGACGUUGUCGAGGUCGAUGAGCGCGUCACUUUGGUCGGGUACACGUCGGACCCGGAGCACGAGGCCAAUGCCAUCAAGUGGUCCGAGACCGGGGUGGAGCGACCCUAUGGAGGCGAGGGGAUGCACAAGGGCUUUGGCGGAGAGGGCAUGGAGGUCAGGAAGGGUCUCAGUGGGGAGGCAGUCCACAUCAUGAAGCAGAUCGACGAGGCUGCAGUCAAGGCGGACCUGCAGGCGCUGUAUGAGAAGGGGUAUCGAUCCAUUGCUGUGGUUCUUGCUCAUUCGUUUACCUUCCCCGACCAUGAGCUCACCGUCGGUCGUCUCGCUCAAGAGGUCGGCUUUGAGCACAUCUCGCUUUCUUCCCAACUACUCCCUAUGAUCAGAAUGGUACCUCGAGGAGUGUCUACUACUGCCGACGCGUAUCUCACUCCGGUCCUCGGUGCCUAUCUUGACGGCUUCUACGCUGGAUUCAAGGGCGGACGGAAAGGCGGUCUCAAUGUGGAGUUCAUGGGGUCUGACGGGGGGCUGGUCAAUCUUGAUAACUUCACUGGGCUCAACUCCAUCCUCAGUGGCCCAGCAGGCGGUGUCGUGGGCUACGCUCUGACGAGCUGGGACGAAAAGGAGAGGGCCCCGAUCGUCGGCUUUGACGUCGGAGGAACCUCGACCGACGUGUCUCGCUUCGACGGCAGAUACGAGAUCAUCUACGAGACCACCACCGCCGGCAUUUCCAUUCAGAGUCCACAGCUCGACAUCAACACCGUCGCUGCUGGAGGUGGAUCCUGCCUCACCUUCCGGAACGGCAUGUUCCACGCUGGCCCAGAGUCCGCCGGUGCUCAUCCCGGUCCCGCGUGCUACAGGAAGGGCGGACCCCUGGCACUGACGGAUGCGAACCUCAUGUUAGGUCGGCUUGUCCCAAAGAUCUUCCCUCAAUGCUUUGGUCCAAAUGAGAACGAGCCAAUCGAUCCGUCAGCCUCGCUCAAAGCAUUCACUGCUCUUCAGACACGGAUUGAGACCGAGACUGGCAAUAAGAUGUCCCUCGAUGCUAUGAUCUACGGCUUCGUCAAGAUCGCAAACGAGACCAUGGCUCGUCCCAUCCGGACAUUGACUGAAGCUCGCGGCUUUGCUACCUCCAAGCACAUUCUUGCUUCUUUCGGCGGCGCAGGAGGUCAGCAUGCUUGCGAGAUAGCAGAGAGCCUGGGCAUCACCCGCGUGCUCAUCCAUCGAUACUCCUCUAUCCUCUCUGCGUAUGGUCUGGCCCUUGCUGACCGCGUGUACGAAGUCCAAGAGCCCAGCUCAUCCCUGUACAACUCUUCCACCACCUCUUCUCUCCACUCUCGCCUGGAUGAUCUGCAAAGCAGAGUCUCGACCGAGCUCCAGCGACAAGGCUUCAAGGCGGAGCAGGUGCAAGUUGAGAGACUACUGCAUAUGCGCUUCAACGGCUCGGACACGUCGCUCAUGAUUCCCCAACCAGAAGGAGCCGACUUUGCCGAAGCCUUCAGAGUGGCGUACAAGCAGGAGUUUGGGUUCUUGUUGGAGAGCGACAUUGUCAUCGACGAUAUCAAGGUGAAGGGAGUGGGCAAAUCAGCAUCCUCAGCAGGUGCCUCGGUCUUUGAAGAGCUCAAGUCUCUCGAGACCAACACGGUCGACAACACCCUCUUCACCUCGUCUGGCGGUAAGGUCAGCAGCACGCAGGAAGUCUACGUCUGUCCCCCGGGCCAAACCUACGGCGAGCGGGUAGACAUCCCAGUUUUCCAGCUGGAGAAAUUGGACACGGGGGAUGUCGUUGUCGGACCAGCGCUCAUCAUUGACGCUACUCAGACUAUCUUCAUCAACGCGACCUGGAACGCUGUGGUCACCAGUCGCCAUCUACUUGUCUCGCGCUAA